UUGCGAUUACCUUGAAAGUCCAUGUUGUGUCACUGCCAUCAUGAAACGAUCCUGCGUGUCUGAGUUAUUUUAACAAAGUCUCCUGCAUCCGUGAUACGGACAGGCCUCGGUGUGUGGCUGCGUGUUAGCUCUCCUGAGCCUCAACCGGAGCCUUAUCACCGUUAUCAGCUUUUUAAUUCCGCAUAAUUUCAACCGGACAUCAUCUGACACUCUGACAUAUCCUGUGCUUGUGUGUUGCCUGCGCUCCAGCUGCCAGGAUUUUCAUUUUCAGUACAACCCUGCAAUAACCGAGCAUGUUGUGCUCUAUUUACAUUUUAGAUCGCCCCUGCUUUGUGGCUUUUCUCAAUGCAAAAUUGUCGUUUCAGAUAUUUGAAUGUGUGCUUGUUAAUUUCUGCUGUUUUCUGCGCUGCCUCUGAUAUGCAAAGUAAAAUGAUAAAUGAAUUUUUGCAUGAAAGGUUCAAUAUAAUCUGUAGGUUACACCGAGUGCAGCUUUGACAGGUGACUUUAAGUUGUUCUCUUAUUGCUUUAAAAUGCAACUUGCAGGGGAACAUGUUGUACAGUGUGAAUGCCAGCCCGUGUCUGAGUCAAUGCGGACCUCAGGCAGAGUCCCUCUUUGCGCUACAAUAAACCGUCUUAUGAUAAAUCAGAAUAUUCCUGCAGGGACUUCUGUGUUUCACACUGAUGUGGCCAGCCUGCUUUAUUUUCCUUAUUAAACUGUGGCUGUAAAAAGGCUGCUACAUGUUUUAUUUGAAGGGAAAUGUGGAGCCGGUCUUUGCGGGGUAGUAAAGUGCUUCAGGUGCGUCAGUUUCUCCUGCGCCUUUAUUUGGAAUGGAUUUAGUUUAUUUUUUAAAAAAGAAGCUGUGCUCGUGUGUGUGUCGAAGUUCCUGGGUCAAGGUAGAAGUGUAUUUUAACCUUGCUGAAGGACAGCUGUAUUUACUGACGUAUGUAAAUGAAUAUAGGGGAGGUCCUUGGGCAAAAACACACACUGAAUCAGUUUCACAUUGCAGCGCCGGAGUUCCUGCGUGGAAGGAAAAACGAGACGUGGCGAAAUCUGCUCAGCAAACCAUGCAGGAUGAUUUACUGAUGGACAAAAACAAAGCCCAGCCUCACCAUCAGCAAGAUCCGACGCAAGUAGACCCUCCUCCCUCCACCCCGACCCCGUCAUCGGAGCCCACUUCUUCUUCAUCGGAGUCGGAGAGCCCGUCGACCGGGAGCAACCAAGCGGCUUCAGCGCUGAACAUCAGCAGCAAGGACAAAGUGCCGAUGGAGUCGCCGAUCCUGCCCGGGUUGAGCUUCCACCACCAGCCGCAGGAGACCGGCGGCCCCCUUUCCUCCCCUUCCUCCUCGUUUGGGAGCACUUGGUCCACGGGAACCACGAACGCCGUGGACGAUAGCUUUUUCCAGGGAAUACCCUCGGUGAACGGGACGAUGCUUUUCCAGAACUUCCCCCACCACGUCAACCCGGUCUUCGGGGGGAAUUUCUCCCCGCAGAUCGGCCUGGCUCCCCAGUCCCAGCAGCAUCAACAGCAAGCCCAGCAGCAGCAGCAGCCGCAGCCGCAGCAGGCGCAGCAGCAGCAGCAGCAGCCCCAGCAGAGGAGAUCCCCUGUCAGCCCCAGCCAAGGCCCCUUCCCCCAGAGAAACGCUUAUCAGACCAUCAUGAACAACAGCAAGGGGUCGUCUUCUUCUGCCUCAUCGUCCGCUUGGAAUAAUCACCAAAACGCCGCUUGGAGCACAGCCUCCAACCCCUGGAGCGGGCUGCAGGCAGGCAGGGACCCGCGCAGACCGGUGGGCGUCGGGGUAGGGGUCGGGGUCGGAGUCGGCGUCGGGGUGCCGUCACCCUUGAACCCCAUCUCCCCCAUGAAAAAGCCCUAUACCAGCAAUGUUAUAGCACCCCCCAAAUUCCCAAGACCCGGUCCCCUCACCCCCAAACCCUGGAUGGAGGACAGCGCCUUCAGGACUGACAACAGCAACAACAUACUGCCUUUCCAGGACCGGAAUCGGCCCUUUGAUGCUUUUAGCUUGCACUCUUUGGAGAAUUCCUUAAUGGAUAUGAUAAGGACUGACCAUGACAAAGGUAAACCACACCCUGCCGGUGGCCCACCAAUGACUAUCGCUGAUAUUAUAUGGAGGAAUCAUUUUGCAGGACGUAUGGGCCUCAACUUUCAUCAUCCUGGAGCAGACCACAUAAUGCCAUUGAACACCCGGAGCUAUGGCCGCAGAAGAGGUCGCUCCUGUCUCUUCCCCUUCGAAGACGGCUUCCUCGACGACGGCCACGGCGACCCCUCCCUGACCCCGGGCCUGAACUCGCCAACCCGCUGUCAGAACGGGGAGAGGAUGGAGCGCUACUCCAGGAAGGUCUUCGUUGGAGGCCUUCCCCCCGACAUAGAUGAAGAUGAAAUCACCAACAGUUUCCGACGCUAUGGGCACCUGGUGGUCGACUGGCCCCACAAAGCUGAAAGCAAAUCCUACUUCCCACCUAAAGGCUACGCCUUCCUGCUGUUCCAGGAAGAGACGUCUGUCCAGGCUUUGAUUGACGCCUGCAUCGAGGAGGACGGCAAGCUCUACCUGUGUGUAUCCAGUCCUACCAUCAAAGACAAACCUGUCCAGAUCCGUCCCUGGAACCUGAGCGACAGCGACUUUGUCAUGGACGGCUCCCAGCCUCUGGAUCCCCGCAAGACCAUCUUUGUAGGGGGAGUGCCGCGACCCCUGCGUGCAGUGGAGCUGGCUAUGAUCAUGGACCGGCUGUACGGCGGCGUCUGCUACGCCGGCAUCGACACCGACCCGGAGCUCAAAUACCCGAAGGGAGCCGGCCGCGUGGCCUUCUCCAAUCAGCAGAGCUACAUCGCCGCCAUCAGCGCUCGCUUCGUUCAGCUGCAGCACAACGACAUCGACAAAAGGGUGGAGGUGAAGCCGUACGUCCUGGACGACCAGAUGUGUGAUGAGUGCCAGGGGGCGCGCUGCGGGGGGAAGUUCGCCCCCUUCUUCUGUGCCAACGUCACCUGCCUGCAGUACUACUGCGAGUACUGCUGGGCGAGCAUCCACUCGCGAGCCGGCCGAGAGUUUCACAAGCCACUGGUGAAGGAAGGAGGCGACCGCCCUCGACACGUGUCCUUCCGCUGGAGCUGAGGGCGGGGGGGUCACGAGUCAGCCCUGCCCCGGUGAACCCACACCUGACCCCUUCAAAAAAAACAAAAAAACAAACAAAAACAAAAACAACAACCUCCCGCACCCCUGCUCUCCUACAGCCCGGGACAGCACUGCAACAACCCCCCUCCUCACACCCACACACAGCCCCACCUGCUCCACCCUGCUCCCCACAAACACCUCAUGAAAAAAAAAAGCAAAAAGGAUGCCAUCAAACACGUGGGACUUUCCUCAUACCACACGGCUCUGAACUCAUUGUCUAAGUGUUCCCCUCUGAUGAAGCUUUGUGGGGGAAAUGAAAAGCGAAAGUCUAUCAGCUUAAAAAUUUGCACUUUGGCACAAAAUCUCACUCAACACACACACACACACACACACACACACACACACACACACACACACACAGAGGAUGGUAUGUUCGACACCUGGCUACUUUCAGUUCCCCGCUCUGUUGACUGGGUGGUGUGGUACGUCCUGUUGGACCCCCCCUUACUGAGACAGAGGUGGGACCAUACAAAUAUUUAAAAAAAGUAUAUAUUUUUUGUUUUGUACCUAUCUAUACAUAUAUAGAUAAUUUAAAUUUUAUGUAAAAGGAGCAUGCACUUAUUUUCAAAAGCUGUAGUUAUAUUGCCCCUAGUAAAAAAAAUUACCAAAGGCAAAUUAAUGCAUAGAGAAAAGCAAAAUAGGUGGCAUAAGAUGUAGCAAGAUUUAACAUCUAUCCCGUAGUGUGGGCCCGUAUCGCCCCGAGUAAAAAUAACACGGCUAUAUUCGCUCUCAAUUUUGACUCUGAAAAUAUUAAUACCUCAUACGCGCGAUCAGAUUAGUUUGCUUUUCGAUUUCUAGGUCUUUAUUUUUAUAACAACAUUAUUUUUUAGUGUUAUGUAAAUGUAAUGCUGCAAUAGCUUUGCUGCUAAGUCCGUGGUAUAAACAGAUACCAUACGUACUUUAUUCAGGCUAGGGUGUAAAAUAAUAAAUAACAGAUAGAGAAGCACCUGGUGUUUUAGAACGACGAGCUAUCACAGGGGGAGGGGGCGCCCCUAAGACAACGAUGGCUACCUUUGUGGGGGUCGGGGUGGGUCGCCCCUAACUGCAUGUUUAUUUCAAUCAGGUUGCUGCAUGCAAUACACUUUUCAGUAUCAUGUCUACUAUUCGAUUCUGCCCAUGUUUGCACAAAUACACUAUAGACGUACGUUCGUUCGACUCGCACGAAAACUGGACAGAAACAGGGAAGAGCGGUGAGAGGAAUCACAGAGCUGAAGGUUCCUGCACAAACAGGCGGUGAACACAUCCAGACAACGGGGGAAAAAAAACUAUCUUAAUAAUCACAAAUCAAGUUAAAUGUAGGAUUACCAUUUAAAACUGUCUAUGAUAGGUGAAGUACUUUUUUGCAGUGAUUGUUGAUAUAAUUGUGCAAUUUUUUAUACCGUAUGUAGUUAGGUCUGAGUAUGCCUAGAACUGUGAUUCGCUUUAACUGUCGUUAAUGUCCGACAUAGAAGUCCUGUGAAACUUCAUAACUAGUGUAUGCACACUGUAUAUAUGUUCUCUUGUACACACACUUGCACCAGUAUACACAGAAGCCUCUCGACACACACACAGACACACACAUGGACGGCUGUCUUUCCUACGCACACAAACAGGCCUACAAACACCGAGUCUGAUCUGAAGAGAAGACGCAACAAUGUGAGCUUAAACUGAGAACUGAGGUCUUUUUAUUUUUUAUUUUUUAAUUAUUAUUAUUCUUCUUAUUAUUAUUUGUUCCACCGUCGACAAAAAGCGCACGUUUACGUCCCAGAAUGCAACCAAAGAGCUCACAUGUUCGACUUUUAACAGACCACCUGACACACGGAGCGAAGCGGCCGCCCCGCAGAGGAGGCUGCGCCGCUCGUUCGGCCUCCUGCAGAGGAGCUGACGGUGCAGCGGUGCGGUCGGUUAGACCAGGAAAGAGGGCAGUUUGCGAAGAAGCAAUGGGGGGGGGGGUUAAAAUGAAAUAUUGAAGCUACUGGAGACUUGAGGUUGAUAAACUGAGCUCUGCACAUGCUCUCACUACAUGGCUGGGGGUGGGUGGGUGAGGGUGGGGUGGCCUGAAUGUGCAGGAUGGGGGAGGGAGGGUAACCAUAUUUAUCCAGAUUUUUUUGUUUCCUGCAAAGCUUGAAGUAAUGGACCUGCUUAAAAAAGAUGGUGGACAUAUAUAUUUUUUUGUUUUUAUCAAAAAGGUUAUGGUGCGCAGUUCAAACAGGAUUGGGUGGGGGUGGGGGUGAGGGUGAAGGUGGGGGGGUGGUAGUUAUGAAUGCAUAGAAACUUAAAGUAUUGGCUGCUGAAGACAGGGCGGCUCUGGUUUGGGUGGGGGGCAAGUUACACUGGUUUUAGCAGUUUUGUGGACAAUCUGAACCGGAUCCUGCAUCAGUGCAAGUUAAUCUGUGUCCUCCCGCCCCUCCCUCACCCCUCCCUCACCCCUCUUUUUUUUUUUUUUUCGUCAGUGAGUUGUGAUUGUCCCGUGCUGGCGCCCCGCGGUCCCUCCCCCCUUUUUCUCAUUUUAGUCGCAAACUGUUUUUUUGCUUUAGGAUAGAUGUUUUUGUUUGUUUCUUGUCCAAGAAAAAAACUAAUUGAAACUAAGCAGAAGAUACUUUUUUUACUGAUAGAAAAAAAAAUACACGAGGCUAACCAUGAGUAAUAAUAAUAAGUAUCCCUAUGAAAGUGAAUCCUGGGUGUUUUUGUGACAUUUCUUUCCCCACCCAGACAGGUUUUCUAUGUUGGUUCCUUCUCUAUGAUAGAUAUUUGUUAUGCACUACUCUUUGUAUCUGAACAGUUUUCGACAGUCAGCAGUUCUUUUUGUUAAAAGACAAAAAAAGACGAUAAAGCGUGCUUUCUGACUGACAAGAUCUUUUGCAAUACCUCAAUUUUGAAAUAUAUUAGGAGAGAAACUGAUAUUUUCUAAGUAAGUUUAUUCAGAUGAAAAAGUAUAUAUUAAUUUAAUUCUUCAAGAGAAAUGAUUUAACAGAUGGUUGAUUUUUGUUAAUUUUUAUCAUGCUUAUUUGCUUUUAUUUUAAGAAUUUAUUUUUUUGAAAAAGACAACAACUGAAGGAGCUAGAGCUUUAUAACUAAUAUAAUGUUGUAGUUAGUGAGAGUACAGUCUACUUUAUUACAGCGGAGGUGAGGGUGAGUGUCCCAUUGGUCAAAUUGGACGAAACAUCGGAGAAGAGAAGAGCUCUUUAGAAUAAAAAAUCAAUAAAAAAUCAGGUGCUCAGAGAGAAAACUGAACAUAUUUCCCACGUUUUUGUAUAUUUAUAAUCAAUCAUUUACUAUGCUUACCAGAGUUGUGAAAGAGAUCUUCUGUUCAUUAUUUUUUUAAAGAGAAGUUUUUUAUGUUUCCUAAACGUCUGUGCUCCCUUUUGUUUUGUAAAAAAAGAAAAAACAGCAACCCUGAUUUGUCGUUGGGAGAAAACUAAACUUGUGAGAGUCACUGAACAGCUGGAGGUAGAGAGAAGAAGAAGACGAAGAAGAAGAAGAAGAAUGUUAUUUUUAACACAAAAACAGACACAAGUGUUUUCACCUGUAACUUGACCGAAAUCCCCCAAGGUGCAUCAAUUGACUGGUGGCCUUCUAUUCACACAAGACUUGAAUUAGUCCCAUUUUUUAAGGUUAAGAACCUUGACUCUUUGUUGUAAUGUGCAAUACUGUUUGUACUGUUUGUAGAAAAGAAGAAAACAAGAAAAAGAGGCAUAAAUCUUUAUUGCAGAAUUAUUUUCAUUGCAAGCAUUGUGAUUCACUAAAAUCAUUUUCUACUGUGUAUUUACCUACUCUACCUGCUAGUACCUUCCAGUAGUAAUGUAGCCUUUGUACUGAGAAAUUUUCAUUAUUUUUAGAAAGUUUUGCUAAAAAAGAAAAGAAUUUAAACAUAUUUACAUAUUUUCAUUUUUAUUUCAUAUUUUUUCUUUACAGACUUAUUUCUCAACCAUUAAUAGUUAUUUCUGGGGGAGACUUUCAUAUCUGGUCAAUGUCAUUAAUAUUAUUUUGUAUUUUUACUUGGAAUAAAUUAAUUUUAUGAUGCUAAUUCUUUAAAAGUUUAUUUUUUUCGUUUGUUCACGUUUUCAUUUUUUUGAAGCUGAAAAAAAAAAACGACUUUGUAAUAUUGUUACUAAAGUGUCUCAGUUCUUGAAAUGCUAAAGCUUUAUGUGUUAACUGGCUGAUGUCGCUUACAUUCGUGUGAAAAUCAUCUACGGAGAUUUAAAAAAAAGAAAAAAGAAAAAACUACUCACAAACAACAGAUUUGGUGGUUGGUGAUGUUUAAGUGAUUCGCAAUGUAAACAAAUGAAUGGGCAAUAAAAUAAAAAUGGCAGAAUGGAGCAUACACGCAGUAUGUCGUCAUGUAAUUGUGGAAGACGGACAACACCACUGACCAUUUACAUUGCUUCUGCUACUUCAAUACUACUACUUCUACUACUACUACUAUUACCACUUACUCUACAAUAAUUCAUCCUCACUUUGUGCAGUGGAGAGCAACACUUCCUCUCAUGUGAAAUAUUCAACAGCACCUCCUAAAGAAAACAGCCAUGUCACAUGUCCUCCUCUUUCCAGUUGAUUCAGAGUGCACCAGUGUGAUUGUAUUUAGGUAUGAAUGUAAAUAUAGAGAUGCACUGUAUAAUAUACAGCUUGGGGGAGAGCAUGUAUGAAUCUUAAUUAUGCACAGUAGGAAAUGGUAUAAAGUUUUUUUACUUUGUUUUUUUGUUUGUUUUUGUUUGCCCUCCUAAUCAUCAGCCUUAACUUAUCGUUUUGGGAAAUAUGCUAAUUCGCUACAACUUGUAGUUUUUGCACUUUGACUUUUUGUACGGAAUAAAAAUGCGAUAUAAUAAAAUACGGUCGUUAGUGAGGGUGCUAGCUAUGGCUUCAUAUUUAACAGAAAUCAGAGUGGUAUCCAUCCUCUGUCAUGAUCAAUAGCUCUACUGUGAUAUCUGUUCAUUCUGUAUGAAGCUACAGCUAGCAGCUGGUUAGCUUAGCUUAGCGUAGCCUAGCUUAGCAUAAACACUGGAAACAGGGACAAAAAGAGCAAGUACCACGCAUUACACUUAGGAGUAAGAUAUAAAAGAUUUUGUGAACUUUGGACGCUGCCACGCUAGCUGUUUCCUAGCUUUAUGCUAAGCUACACUAACUGGCUAAGCUAGGGCAUGAGAGUGGUGUUGAUCUUCUCCUUUAACUCCCAGUAAGUCAGCAAAUGUGCAGAAUUCCCGAACUAACACAAGUUUACAGGCUGAAGCUCCUGUGUUCUUUAAAUGUUUUUUUCUUUCUCUGAUAGUCUUCAUCCAAAAGACUCCAGUGCUCAUGUGAGAAUGUUAUUUCUGGCUGGCCUUUUCUACCAGUUUAUACAGCUGAUGCUAAUACCCCCCCCCCUUCAACUAGUCCCACACUUUUCUCUCUCCCAUGCUCAGUAUUAUUCACCACCAUACCACCAAGUAUUUGUCUAUCUCCUGGCCUUUUAUUUUUCCUUUUAAAGUUUGUUUUCUUUCACUUAACAAAAGAAUUUAUACCUGAACUAUAAAACAAAAGUGUAUGUGCAAUCGAAAAAGAUCAUGAUUUGGAUGAUGGCAACCAUUUUAUAUAUUCCUCUCUAUAGAUAUACGUAUGUAUUUCAUGUAACUAGACUUGGAUAGUAUACUGUAUAUUCACUUCUGCUUCAUGGGCGUUCUCUGGGUAGGUAAACACUGUAGGUCUCGUCAUGUUGUAAUCUCAAAAUAGAUGAAAAAAAAAAGAUUUGGUAAUGUGCUUUUUUUUUUUUUUUUUU